AUGCGCGCGGUGCUCCUCUUCGUGGCCAUCGUCUCGUUGUUUGCCCUCUUUUCACAGGCGCUAUCUGAUGGGAUUACAACAUCACAGAAUGUCGUCGUCACUUCCGUUGAUAAGGGCGUCAUCGUCGACCCCACCAACAAAUCACUACUAUCCGGUGAUGAAGCGGCGGGGAACAGCACCCUGGAGCAGAAAGGGGCGGCCAUCGUCGGGAAUGAGGCCGAGGAGAAGAAGCGAUCACUUGCGAUCUUCUUCAUCCUGUUCGUGAUCGUCCUGGCCACCCUGGUGGUGCACAUCAUCAUCAUCACCCCGGUCCACUACAUACCCGAAAGUCUCGCCAUCGUCAUUCUUGGCGCGACGAUCGGCUUCAUCCUCUCCUAUACCUCAAGGGAUUGGUCAGAGAUUGAGGCACUCUCUCCAGAUAUCUUCUUUCUCGUCCUUCUCCCGCCGAUCAUCUUCGAGAAUGCCUACAAUUUGAACAAGGGCUAUUUCUUCUCGAACAUCUGGCCAAUCCUUACCUUUGCCAUCCUGGGCACGGCCGUCUCCUCGUUUGUCAUCGGGUUGACAUUGUAUAUUCUUGGACAGGCCUCCCUCGUCUACCCGCUGACCAUCUUCCAGAGUUUCGCCUUCGGGUCGAUGAUCAGCGCCGUCGAUCCGGUGGCCACGUUGGCCAUAUUUCAGGCCGUUAAGGUGGAGGGCCUGCUGUACAUGCUGGUCUUUGGCGAAUCGAUGCUGAACGACGCCGUCUCCAUCGUCCUCGCAUCCACAGCGAUCCGUCACUCUCACCCUCCAUUCUCGUCCCUUCCUCCCGGCGAGAUCCUGUACAGUGCCUGUUCCACCUUCAUCGUCAUGUUCACCGUGUCCGCCGUCUUGGGGGCGGCUAUCGGGCUCUUGUCGGCGUUUCUGUUCAAACACGUGGACCUUCGCCGCACUCCCUCCCUAGAGCUGGCCCUCCUCCUCGUCUUUGCCUAUAUUCCUUAUGGAUUGGCCGAAGCACUGUCCCUGUCAGGGAUCAUGGCGAUCCUGUUCUGCGGUAUCACAAUGUCCCAAUAUACACAAAACAACAUCAGCCCCGUCACACAGAUCACGAUGAGGCACACCUUCAGGACUGUGUCUUUUGUGGCUGAAACGUCAACCUUCGCGUACCUCGGGAUGGCCUUCUUCACGAUCAAGCUCAACUUCCAGCCGUCAUUCAUCUUUUGGUCUGUGAUGUUAUGCCUGGUGUCUCGUGCGUGUAAUAUCUUCCCCCUUUCAUGGCUCGUCAAUAAAUGUCGUCGUGAUGUGCAGAUAUCCAUGAAGAAUCAGAUUAUCAUGUGGUUUAGCGGUAUGCGAGGUGCAGUGUGCUUCGCGUUGGCUCUAUACGUUGAUGUGGACAAAGAGACGAAAAGUGUCCUCCUCACCACCACACUAUUUCUCAUUCUAUUCACCAUUAUUGCACAAGGAGGCUGUGCCCUGCCGUUCAUCAACUACAUCAAUGCCCAGUAUCCGGAUAGACCGAAACAGAUUGGGAGGAAGAGAAGAAGAGAUGGAGCAGGAGGAGGAGGAGGAGAGAGGAGAAGCAGCGAGAGUGGCAGCGGGAAUACGAGUGGAAAUGAGCACCGGAAGAAGAGGGCACCUGUGCUCAGCAAGACACAGGAAAUGUCAGUAUUCGGGAGUCAUGACUGGACAUCAACAAUCCGUAAGCCAUCAGCCGAUGAGCGUCCAGCAGCCGUCUCCAAUCUCAUGAAAACACUCUUCGUCCGAAAAUUCACUCAUCAGGAACGCGAGGAGAACAAGGAAAAGCUCCGCGUGCUCACCCAAAAGGCGCUGGAGAAUGAUGUGUGGAGCAGUGAUGUGGAUGAGGACGAGCUGAUCGGGCUCAGGGACGGCGAGGACGAGCUGUUGAUCACCACCCGGCUCUCCGUG